AUGUCAAAAUCAAAUUGGAUUCUGCUCUGUGUAGUUAAUUCAAUUGAUGAUGCUACAGCUGUAGCUAAAUCACUUAAUGUGUGUCAAUAUCGAACAAAUAAUCUUAAGGAUCAUACAAAAUACUCAUUUAUAUGUAGUCAAUAUCGUAAAAAUUCAUCAUGUAAUUAUGAACUCAAAACAGUUGUACCUGAUGAUGAUCCUAACUCAAUUACGGUAAUGUUCAAAAAUACUCACAAUCAUAGCAACCGUAGCCAAACAUCUCGUUUACCAUCUCCACUGCGACAAUCUGUUUCAAAAUAUGUUCGUGCUGGUUUAACAGAACCUCAAAUUUGUUCGUCGCUCGCAAUUGAUCAUCCAACCAUACCAGUGUCAUCAAGCAAGUUAACAUCAUUAGUUCAAACCGAACGUCGAAAGGAUCGUCCUGAAAUCUUCUCAGUAUACGAUUUUCGUAAGUGGUGUAAUGACUAUCUAGAUGGUACUGUGCCAUAUUCGACGUUUGUACCAUUCUAUUUUAUUAAUGACGUGAACGACUUAUUUGUUUUAUUUACCACGAAACAUUUAAUUCAACAAAUUCAAUCCACUCCACUAUUGCAAAUUGAUGCUACGUACAAGAUAACGUGGAACGAAUUACCACUUCUGGUAUUUGGUGCAUCUGAUGGUAACAGACAUUUUCAUCCGUUCGGUGUUGCACUCGUCUCCGAUGAUGAAAGUUCAUCGUGUUAUGAACAUUUGUUUCAAUCACUUCAACAAUUAAGUAUUCAAGAACUUCAAAAACCAUACUCACCUGGAUUUAUAAUGGCUGAUGGAGUACUAGGAAUAAAUCUUCUAAUGACUGAAUGGCGUUCUGAUCCAUCGUUGAACAAAUUUCGUGAUUAUUUUUAUGAACAAUGGAUUGAAAAAUUAUCAAAUUGGUAUGAAGGUUAUGCAUUCAACAUACCAUCCACAAAUAACGGUUUAUGGCAACGAUCAUGUUGGUUAGUUGUACCAUUACAAUCAUGUAGCUGUCCUAUUGGUAUCAAAGAGUAUUCGUGUAAACAUUCUGUUGGUUUAGCAAUUAUAUUUAACACGCAUCAAGUCAGCGACAAAACACGUAUUCAACCAUUAGGUAAACGAAAAACAAGAAGACGUCUCAAGAAAGUUAGCACAGCUUUAAAUUUGUAA